AUUCGACAAGGAAGUGACAAAGAGUCGCUGCCGCCGCCAUCCCACCACCGGCCUUUCCCUUGUUCAAGACCGAUCUCCUUGCUUGAGCAUCAGAGCUAUUGAAACUCUGAAGCACAAGCCCCUUCCUUGCCUUUCCUCCACCUGAAUGCCCCCUUGGGGACGUGAACUGGACGCUCUCCUUUGGAAAUCACGACGCUGGACUGCAAAAGACUGGGCCUAUCUUCACCACAUCAGCAGGAACGAACUUUGCAUCCGCCGCGUGUUUGAUUCGAUUGAUUAAAGGAAUUUGACGACACCUCCAAGACCAAUACUACUACUACCAACCAUGAACGUUUUCCGAUUUGCUUCCAAAUCUGUGUCUCUGCGGUGUGCGUCCUCGCACAUUGCCAAAUUCUCCACAACGCGACUAACGUUCCCUACUUCGGUGACCCCCAGGUGGUCUGCGACUGCUGCCGCUAUCAAGUCCGUUCCAUCACCGCCACGUCCGCAAUACUUUCCAUCCACCGCACUCCCUGUCGACCCUCAUAGUGGUGACGCCAAGCGAGUGAUUUCCAACGAAGAGCGUAUUGAAAUAACUUGGGCGGACGGACACAUCAGUCCGUUCCACCACAUUUGGCUUCGUGACAACUGCCCAUGCGAGCAAUGUCGCCAUCCCAUCGCCGAAGAGCGCAUGCACGACACUCUCUCCAUCCCCCUUUCAAUCAAGCCGUCCAAAGUUGCCAUCAACGACAAGUACCUAGAAGUCCAUUGGAAUGACCAGUUGAGUCACACUGGCCAACGUCAAGACGUUCACGUGUCGCGGUACCCUCUGUCCUUUUUGCACGAGCACUGCUACAAGCGCCAAUCCCGCCUAGCCAAACCAAAGUACGACGAAACGCUAUGGGACACGGCCGCGAUCAAAACCAACAUGCCUCGCACUUGCUACGACACUAUCAUGCACGCCGACGACCAAGGCCUCUUAGAUUGGCUCGACAUGCUCCAUGCGUACGGGUUUGCCCUCGUGGACGACGUGCCCCCCGACGGCCUCCACGACGUGUCCGAGCGCGUGGGGCCCAUCCGCAACACGUUUUGGGGACCUACGUGGAGCGUCAAGAGCGAGCCCAAGCCCAUGAACUUGUCCAUGACGAGCCAUACGUUGCAUCCCCACACCGACUUUGGGUGGUCGGAAGCGCCGCCGGGACUUCAGUUUCUGCACUGCUUGGCGUUCCAGUCCCCCGACGCGGUCGGUGGCGAGUCCACGCUCGUCGACGGGUACGCCGUGGCCGAGUGGCUGCGGAAUAAACACCCCGAAGCGUUCGACUUGCUCUCGAACGUGUCGAUUCCGCACGUGUUUUCGAGCCAAGACUUGUUCUUUCAGCACAAGGCGCCGAUUUUGUCUGUGGACCCCACAACCAAAGCCGUGCGAGACGUCCGUUUCAACCAGGCGAAUAGGUCGCCGCUCCAUUUGCCCCCGCCCUUGGUGCGUCCAUACUAUGAGGCCCUGCAGCUAUGGACCCAAGCCACGCGGGCCGAGGAGAACCUCGUGCAUUUUCGACUCAAGGAAGGCCAGCUACUCGUGUUUAACAACCGCCGACUCUUGCAUGGACGCCACGGGUACAAUGCCCAGCGUACGUGGCGGCACCUCAAAGGCUGCUACAUGGACUUGGAAGACUACAAGAGUAGGCUGACCAUGCUACGGCGUCGGCACGCCAGUCGCCCCUUUUCAACCGAGCGCUACAUUCGUCCAAGCGGCUACGAUGCAGCGGCGUUGGACCCUGGCUACGACAACUACAACGACCAGUUUGUAACGGACGCCUUGACCAAUGUCCAGCACGUGAUCGCGUCGGGCGAGCGCUACGACGACGGCAGUCGCCUCAAAGAUGUGGCCAAGGCCCGCACGGCUGCGUUUCGCAACCUUGACGAAGGCACGAAAGCGGAUUAUGUGUACCAGUGCUCCCUUUAUGACCACGACAUCAAGGUGAACCUCGUGCCUCGCCUGCAAGGCAUGCUGCGCAAACUCGAAGGCGACCACAUCCGCCUUGGCACGGGGGCGAAAGUGGACUUGUUUGAGCACAGCCUGCAGUGCGCGACGCGGGCGUUUGAGGAUGGUGCGGACGAAGAGAUGGUCGUGUGCGCGCUCUUGCACGACGUGGGGGAGAUGCUGUCCCCGUGCAACCACGGCGAGAUUGCCGGCGCCAUCCUGCGUCCGUACGUGAGUCCAGAGCGGUAUUGGAUGUUGGCCCACCAUGAGAUCUUCCAAGGCUACUACUACUUUCACCAUGUGGGGGGCGACCGCCACCGCCGCGACGCGUACGCGGACCACCCAACGUACCAGCUGACGGUGGAUUUCUGCCACAAGUACGACCAAGCCGCGUUCGAUCCAUCGUACGAGUCGCGUCCGCUGCACUUUUUCGAGCCCAUGAUGCAGAGAGUGCUGGAUCGCAAAGCGUACUGGUUCCAACCCGACCAUCCCAAGACAGGGUGUGUCACUGGCUCGUCGUUGGCGGCGUAGGAGACGAAGCUGGCUGUUCAUUUGAUCAAGCGUAUUCUUUGAGUAUGUUUCGGUUCGCAGGCGAACAAGCAGGAGAGGCGUUGGUGGAUGAGCCAUGCAUCAUAGUUACUGAAGCUGUUGACUACUCCAAAUGCCCAAAUGCCUAUGCAUCCCACUGUCCGAGGAGUUCAUUCGUUCGUGUUGUAUGUUGGAUUAAGAGAGAAGAGCGUCGUUGGCUAGUUGGAAUCGAUUUCAAAGUCCGAGUUUUCUGGCUCCAAGUGGGGAACCCCCGCGCAGUUGCGAGCAUGUGAUUUUGUACUUUUUCGGAUGCUGGAGCUUCCACCGUGAGGUCGCGGUAGUACGC